ACGUGGACAGCUCGCGCGCAAAAAGCCGCUCUGAUGGUAAUGUUUUUCGGCUAGACUGGAGUCACCAACAAUUUCCCUCCUCACUUGGAACAUCCUCUAAAUCACAAGCUGUUCUACUUUUACUAUGCAGGGACAGGCGGUUACCUGGUUGUUCGUAUUUGGGAUUACGAUUUUAAAAUCAUGUGAGCCUCUGUCCAACACCGACGCGACGCCUCUCAAUUUGAUUGACUUCAGUGACAUUGAAACCAGGUUCUCAGUGCGCAGUACCGAGGAGCCGGAGGAGGAUGUGUGCUACCUCCUGCCUGGAAGGAGGGAGACAGCCUCCCAAUGCGGAUUCAGCACCACAGCAAAGACAUUUGCUGUCAUUCAUGGCUGGGCGGUGGCAGGAUUUCUUGACAGCUGGGUUCAUAGGCUCGUCGCUGCCCUGUUUGAGAGGGAGCCUGGUGCCAACGUGAUAGUGGUGGACUGGCUUGAUCGCGUCCAACAUCACUAUCCCUACUCAGCAGAGAACACCAAGUUGGCCGGCCAAGAUGUUGCAAAACUGAUCAACUGGUUAGAGACCGACCUGAAUUAUGACCUGUCCAAACUUCAUCUACUGGGAUACAGCCUGGGGGCCCACGUGGCAGGGGUUGCAGGGAAUCUCGCCAAUAAUAAAGUCAGCAGAAUAACAGGCUUGGAUCCAGCUGGUCCUCUCUUUGAGUAUGCCAGCGAGCUGAGCCGCCUGUCCCCUGACGAUGCUAGCUUUGUGGAUGUCCUACACACCAACACUAAAGGAAGCCCAGACUUAAGCAUAGGCAUCCAAAGACCUGUUGGCCAUGUUGACAUCUACCCCAACGGAGGCACCGAACAGCCCGGUUGUACCCUUCAGUAUGCCAUGAAGAUGGUGGCUGCGUUUGGCAUUAACAAUGUGGAUCAGAUUGUGAAGUGUGCCCACGAGCGCUCUGUGCAUCUGUUCAUCGACUCGCUGGUGAACCAUGAGCAGCAGGGCACGGCCUACCGCUGCAGCUCCAAAGGCGCCUUCAACAGAGGCCUGUGCCUGAGCUGCCGCAAGAACCGCUGCAACCAUUUAGGCUACGGCGUUAAAAAGGUCCGCACCGCCAAAAGUGCCAAGAUGUACCUCAAGACCACGGAGAGGAUGCCCUUCAAAGUUUUUCACUACCAGAUUAAGGCCCAUUUCUUCAGCCAGCAGACCCUGAGCCUCUCUCACCAGCCCAUCCUUGUGUCCCUCUACGGGACCCAGGGGGAGAAGGAGGACAUCCCUGUCACUCUAGCCAGCCUGAACACCAACACCACCGUGUCCUUCCUGCUCACCGCUGACGUAGAUGUUGGGGAGCUGCUGAGGGUUAAAAUCACGUGGGAGAGCGACUCCUUCUUCUCUUUUCUCAGCACCAAUGACUUCAUGAUCCGCAGGAUUCGCAUCAAAGCCGGGGAGACACAAGCCAAGUUAGUUUUCAGAGCUAAAGACUCAAAAUUGGCCCAUCUGGUUCAAGGAGGCGAUGCGGUGAUGUUUGUGAAAUCCAAAGAGGCUCAAAACAGUCGACGGCGUCAGAGGUUGCAUCACCUCAAGGUUCAUGGAAGCCUCUUCAAACAAGGUUUGAAUGAGGCUGCCACAGACGAGCCUUCGUCAUGGUCAUGGUCAUUGCCCCCACCAUCAUCCUCACCGUCAUCCCCAUCAUCAUCCCCACUGUCGUCAUCAACUGAGAAGAUGCACCUAUAAUGAUGAACCCUUCUCCUGGUUUUGUCAAACAUCAAAAACCUGUUUCUUUCUCCACUAUGAACAAUAAAUAUUAGUAUGGCUCUAACCCUGCAAUGUGUAUUGCCCCUAGUUCAGGGGUAGGCAAUCUUAUCCAGAAAGGGCCAGUGUGGGUGAAGGUUUUUGUUCCAACCAAGCAGUUACAUGCCUGAUCCCACUAAUCAACCAGUAGUGUUUGCGGAGGUACUUGAUUAGAAGACACAGGUGUGUGAUGCUUGGUUGGAACAAAAACCUUCACCCACUCUGGCCCUUUCUGGAUAAGAUUGCCCACCCCUGCCCUAGUUCGUAAGGUCAUAAGUGGCACGGUGGCACAGGGGUUAGCGCAGUCGCCUCACAGCAAGGUCCGUCCUCUGUGUGGAGUUUGCAUGUUCUCCCCGUACAUGGGUUUUCUCUGGGUGCUCCAGUGUCCUCCCACAGUCCAAAGACAUGUAGGUCAGGUGAAUCAGCUGUACUAAAUUGUCCCUAGGUGUGCUUGUGUGUGUCGACCCUGUGAUGGCCUGGCGGCCUGUCCAGGGUGUCUCCCCACCUGCUGCCCAAUGACUGCUGGGAUAAGCUCCAGCAUCCCCCUUGACCAUGAGAGCAGGAUAAGCGAUCUGGAUAAUGGAUGGGUGGAUGGAUGGAUGGAUGGAUGGAUAGUAAGGUCAUAUGUUUCUAUGCAGCCUUUUAAAAUCUACUUAGGUUCUUUGAUGGUGGCAACUCUUUCUUUCGACAUCUUUGCAAAUAAAAUCAUCUUUGCUUUGGAGACGUCAUUACUACUCUGCAUUAUUCAGCACACCAGUCAAAGGAAAAACAGCCCACAGUUACUAGUAGCUGUCUGUUAUUCAAAUCUCCAUUCUCUUUAUUUUUUUGGCCUUGGUUUAAAGUUUUGUAAUGACUUUAUAUUAUUGGUGAUCUCAAGGACGUUUUUGAAUUCUAUGAUCAUUUACUCAUCAGAGCAGUAUUUCAGUUGUUCGGACUUUAGUGAAGUUUUAAUACUUUUUGUUGUUGUAUAUAGUAUAUAAUAGUAUUUUAUUAGGAAUUUUCAGUGUAUUAAAAUAAUGUAUGUAAAAUCCUGCUUGACAUAUUACAUAGGUUUUAUCCCCCCCCCCCCAAAAAAACCAAAACACCCAUGUCUGACUUCAUUAAAAAGCUGAACUGUUGUUUGAACUGGUCAGCCACAGGUAACUGUCUUUUGAAUGGGAUUGGCUGUUGUGUUUUAAUUGAAAUAUUCCCGUCGGUUGUCUUUUAAUAUGCCGACAAAGGCCACGUGCUGAAAUGCAUCAGUUUUUAUAAAUAAAUUGUUCUUCUCAACCAAUGUGCCCAUACGGUCUUUCUGAUUCUCAACUGGGCCGUCUCAUGCAGAUAAGCAGACAAUGAUGUAUUUGUUUUACAUUCAUUCAUUUUACAUUCACAUUCAUUUUUCUUUAACUACAGACCCUACACUUUGUAGCCCAUCGUCCCCAUAUGAUUUAAUAUGUAAAAUAUAUGACGAGCCUGUUCUUAUAACUAUAUAUGCACAAUAUGCACCACGGUUUGAUUUUUCAACAGAGCUCAUCUUUUUCAUGUUUUCCAAAGUUUUCUCUAAAUAAAUAGAUUAUAUAUUUAUGCUAAGUAAAUCACAAAUGUACACUGGCACGGUGGCCCAGUGGUUAGCGCUGUUGCCUCACAGCAAGAAGGUCCUGGGUUCGAACCCCAGGCCGUCCUAGAUCCUUUCUGUGUGAAGUUUGCAUGUUCUCCCCGUACCUGUGUGGGUUUUCUCCGGGGACUCCGGUUUCUUCCCACUAUCAAAAGAAGACAUGCAUGCAUGUUAGGGUUACUUACUCCUGUCUGUGUCCCUGACCAAGGCAAUAGGAAGAGAUAACUGGAGUUGGUCCCCGGGUGCUUCACGGUGGCUUCCCACUGCUCCUAGCGACACAGCUAGGAU